AGGGAGGAGGUGAGUGUGUGUGAGGGAAAAGAGAGGGAGAGAUGAGGGAAGGAGGGAGGGAGGGAGGAAGAGAGGGGGCGGCGUUAGACAAUACCAUUCCUCAAAUAUAUAUUCCAUCCCCUCCGUCCACGAAGUGAGCCUUUAUUAGUGGGGAUCGCUCGGAUCUUAUCUCGCACAUGACACUCGGCGGAAGAAGGAAAAAGACGAGGGGGGAUUAUCCGUGAACUGCCUUCCGAUCCGACUGAUUCCUGACACGGGAGAGGCUUCGCUUAUCUCGCCCCUUUAUCCCCAUCUUCCACAGGCGGAUGGACCAGUAGCCCCGGCUGCACUUUCACCACUAUCUGCACAUCUCUUCUAUUGUCUCUCCAUCACACGGGAGCCUUGACUGAUCCCCGCUUAUCACCAUCAUCAUCAUUAUCCCUCCUCAUUUUUUUUUUUUUUUUUUUUUGAAACUACAAAUCAACCGACUUAAUCGUCUGCAGACUACCUCGGGUGGCUCCAGGUUGCUUUUUUUUUUUUUUUUUUUUUUUUUUGGAUCCGCAGAAACAUUUCCAUGCUUGACCCUUCCGACCCCCAUGUUGCAAGUUAGCGGCUGAAGAAGAAGAAGAAGAACAACAACAACAAAAAAACUUUAAAUCCUCAUCUCCGAGAGCCUGAAGGCGCAUCUCUUUAACAUCUGAUGGUUGUGAGGCCCGUGGAAUAUGAGUUAAUUUGGAGUUGAGGCUCCGCUCAAGAGCGUCUGUGAAGUUUAUUGCAAGAGAGAAAAAGAAAAAAAAAGGUCGACUCGCAACUCUUUGUCAAAGGUUCCUAAGGGGGACAGUCUGCCAACACCGGAGAAUAAAAAUGAUGCUGAGCCCGGACCAGGCUGAGGCGGACCUCUCCUGGACUCAGUCCGACCCGGAGUCGCUGCUCAACGGCCUGAAGUCGGCGGGCUGCACCUCGGACGAGCCGACGGAGGGCGAGGAGAGGGCUAAGUGCAAAGCCGACCAGCCUCUGAGCAGGGAGGAGAAGAGGAGGCGGCGAAGGGCCACGGCCAAGUACCGCUCGGCCCACGCCACCCGAGAGAGGAUCCGGGUGGAGGCGUUCAACGUGGCCUUCGCGGAGCUGAGGAAAUUACUCCCCACCUUGCCCCCCGACAAGAAACUCUCCAAGAUCGAGAUCCUCAGACUGGCUAUCUGCUACAUCUCCUAUCUCAAUCACGUGUUGGAUGUCUAAAGGAAAGUGGCCGGGAGUGGUUCGGGAGACUGGACUCGGUGCGCAACGCUGGGCGUCAAUUUUUUUUGUGGCAAGGUUGGCAGUCACGGUGCGUCGGUAGUGGCAUUUCUAAAUUUAUGGGUGAAAAAUAAAAAAUAAAUAAAUAAAAUAAAAAUAAAAAAUCAUCCACAGCUCUUGUGCGAGCUGCUAAACUAAUUGGCCCAGCUCGCGCUCAGCAUCCAAACAGAAUUAAAAUGACCGCUUACGAUAAAAUAAACACAUUAAUAAAUAAACCCUCCUUUACCGAAUUAAACCUCCCUGACGCUGGGACUUCGCCAUACCUUACAUUUGACUGAGUUGAACCCCCCCUCCUCCCUUUUCUCAGCGUGAGUCCAGAGUUGGUUGCGAGAGUGGCAGCGGUGCAAAGUUUGGGGAGAACUGAAGGAAAGCCCCAACCUGAAGCCCAGACCGCUCACCGAGCAACAAGCACCAAGCGCCGAGUCGUUUGAGCUGUUGGAUGCAAUAAUGAGAAUUAUUUUCCAGUAGAGGUGGCGGUGGUGGUGGUGGUGGUGGUGAGGGGAGGAUGGGCUGUACAUAAGAGCCCCGCAGGCAUUCACGUUUCCUUCCCAAAGCUCAUGUAGUGGAGGAUGGAAUAAAAAAAAGAAGUGUGUGGGGUAAGGGAUCCAGGAAGAUUUAAUUAAAGCGUCAAAAAUGACACGAAUAUUUAAACAAACUUAAACCCUCCCCUCGUUUUGACAAUUUGACUUAACAACCCCCCCUCCUCCUCCUCCUUCUCCUUCUUCUCCUGGGCAUUUUUUUUUCUCCAGCUCAAAAUGAAAAAGGAUGUAAACGAGAUAGCUGCUUUUAGACCUUAGUUUAGAUGAUGUUUUCCGUAAAGGAAGAAAAAAAAAGAAAUGCGUAAGUGCCACUUAUGACAUAUAAAAUUGUGACCUUAAUCAUUUUUUUUUCCUUAAAAAAAAGUGUAUUGAAUUAUUUAUUUAAUUGUGUUAAUAUUUAAGGCUAAUUUAUUUAUGUUGAUAUCAUAGGCUGGCGUCUUUUUUGUAUAAAUGUAUAUUGUUUGUUGCUUCUAUAUUUUAGGCUGUGAAACUGAACUUGGAAAGUGAUGGUGUUCAACUCUUUCUUCUUCUUUUUUUUUUUAAAUUUAUUUAUUUUUUCUUUUAAAAAACGGCACUUUCUGUUAAUCCAUGGCAUAAUUUAUUCGUUUGGAUGUGUGUUUCGAUGUUUGUCAUUCUCUUCGUUUUUGCUUUUAAUGUCUAUUGUCUUAUCAAUAGCAACGACAAGCACUUCAACGUGGGGUCCUCAUUGUGGUGGCCCCAUAAAAUGUUUGUUUCCCUAAACUGUUGUGUUAAGAGGUAGCUCGAUGAAUAAGAAUUGAGUUGCAAGGACAAAGAGCGAGAAAAAAAAAAGAAAAUUCAAUUUUUAAAAAAUUUGUUCCGGUGACAGAAUAAUGUCAAACAGUUCAUACCACGAAGAGUUUUUGCUGUGACCAAAAAAAAAGAAAAAAAAAAAGAAAAAAAUUAUUAUUUCGAAAAAUAGUCUGAAUUUAUUAUCUUCAGCGUGUUGAUGUUACAUUAUUUUUUUAUUUUAUUUAAUUGGGUUAUUUAUUUGUCUCUGCUUUGUAUUACGAAAAAAAAUCAAGAAGUAAUUUUAUAGUGAAAGAAGGUUAAAAAAAAUCACAUAUCCUCUAUCCAAAGAUUUUUUGUCUCUUCAGGGUUGUGUAGGCUAUACUUGUUGCUUUAUGCAGAUCUUUUGUAGUAGAAGUAAAUGUGUGACAGCUGGUUUCUAAUGGACGAACUUUUUCAUAUUUUUUCCGGUGUUAUUUUUAAUUAAAAAUGAAAUACUUGGAGAAAAAAA